AUGAACUGACAAGAAGCUCAGAUGGUGUGGGCAAGAGACACUUCAGAUCACAGAGUGCCUACAUCCCGACAGGCAGUUUGCCUACGCCAAGUGAGCCCAGUCCCUGUGUCCCCCCAAAAGCCCACUGCUGUGAGCCUAAGCCCUACUCAGUCCCACCUCGCUGACUGCCCCAGCCACGGAGACAAAACCCUUGUAAACCACCUUUGGUUUGGCAGCGCCUACCACCGCUGGGCAGACACAAGGACAGCACAAGGUUGAACGCUUCAGCCAUCUAUCACUGCGUAAUCGCCACUGUUGAUACAAAGCCUGUCGCUGUAAACAACAUUUCUAGGAAUAAAAGCCAUCUAAUCUUGUUCUUCAACAACUCUCACAGCACCACGACACGGCACAGCCUGAUAAUAGUGGUGUUUCCAGACUGGCAUCACAUGAGAGGAGCAUAUAAAAGUGGAAGUUGGUCUGCACCACGUCAGUCCUGGUCAAAGAUGGCCAAGCUCGCUUUGCUUACCGCUCUGGUCCUCCUGCUGAACGCCCAGAUAGGCACUGCCUAUGUGCUGUCAUGUUACUUCACCAACUGGGCCCAAUAUAGGCCUGGCCUGGGAAAAUUCAUGCCUGACAACAUUGACCCGUGCCUGUGUGACCAUCUGAUCUACGCCUUUGCUGGCAUGUCCAACAACGAGAUCACAACUUACGAAUGGAACGAUGAGACCCUUUACAAAUCCUUCAACGGCUUGAAGAACAAAAAUGGAAAACUGAAGACCCUCCUGGCGAUUGGAGGAUGGAAUUUUGGGACAGCCAAGUUCUCCACAAUGGUCUCCACUCCCGAGAACCGACAGACCUUCAUCAAGUCCGUCAUCAAAUUCCUGCGCCAGUACCAGUUUGAUGGGCUGGACAUUGACUGGGAAUACCCUGGGUCCAGGGGCAGCCCAUCCCAGGACAAGACUCUUUUUACUGUCCUGGUUAAGGAAAUGCUGGCAGCCUUUGAGCAGGAAGCCAAACAGGUCAACAAGCCCCGUCUCAUGCUCACCGCGGCCGUUGCUGCAGGACUUUCUACCAUUCAGGCUGGCUACCAGAUUCCUGAGCUUGGAAAGUACCUGGACUACUUCCAUGUGAUGACCUACGACUUCCACGGCUCCUGGGACAGAAACACUGGGGAGAACAGCCCUCUGUACAAAGGCCCAGCUGACACUGGUGACCUCAUCUACUUCAAUGUUGAUUAUGCCAUGAACUAUUGGAAGAGCAAUGGUGCCCCUGCUGAGAAGCUCCUUGUUGGAUUCCCAACCUAUGGACAUAACUUCAACCUCCAAAACCCAGCUGACACAGCUGUUGGGGCACCAGCAACAGGACCUGGGCCAGCUGGACCUUACACAAGGCAGGCUGGAUUCUUGGCUUACUACGAGAUCUGCACAUUCCUGGACUCUGGAGCCACCCAGGCUUGGGAUGCUCCCCAGGACGUGCCCUACGCUUACAAAGGCAACGAGUGGGUUGGCUAUGACAACAUCAAGAGCUUCAACAUCAAGGUUGACUGGCUGAAGAAGAACAACUUUGGAGGUGCUAUGGUUUGGGCCCUUGAUAUGGAUGACUUCACUGGCACUUUCUGCAAGGAAGGCAAAUAUCCCCUGAUCACCACCCUGAAGAACGGUCUUGGUCUGCAAAAUGGUGACUGUGUGCCUCCAGCUCAGCCCAAUCCUCCAGUCACUGAGGCUCCUAACCACGGAGGUGGAAGUGGGGGCUCAGGUGGCGAUACUGGUGGCUCUGGUGGGAGUGGUUUCUGUGCUGGCAAGGCCAACGGAGUCUAUGCAGAUCCAACCAACAAGAGGAACUUCUACAACUGCAUCAAUGGUGAAACCUUUGUGCAGAGCUGCCAGGAAGGCCUCAUCUUUGAUACCAGCUGCUCCUGCUGCAACUGGCCAUGAAGAUACCAAUGCUAUUGCAGCAAACAGACCCCUCAGGUCUCACUGCAUGGAAUCAGAAUGAUUAAAUAAAGUAUUCUGCAAAAGCAA